CGCCCCUCCUUGCCACGUGACCUCGUCGGUUAGACUCGCGGCCAGGAGGAGGAGGAGGAGGAAGAGGAGGAGGGCGGCGGCAGCCCUGAAGGGAGGCAGGAAGGCAAGAGAGAAGGAUUAUGGCUAUGGCGGCCGUUGUUCCUGCUGCCACUGCUGCAACGGCUGCUUGUUCGCGUGGCAGGACCCGGAGUCGCCGGCGCUGAGGAAGAGAAGAAGGGAAGAGGAGGAGGAGAAAGGCGCCGCCGCUGCUGCCGCUGCUGAGGAGGAGGAGGAGGCCCGGUCUGUCCCCGCCAUGGCUGAGCCUCCAGGCGGGAAUGGGGCCGCCUCUCCUCCCGCUGGUCUGCCCCGAGAGGUCCGGGAGCAGCUGGCCGAGCUGGAGCUGGAGCUCUCCGAAGGAGACAUUACACAGAAGGGGUAUGAGAAGAAAAGGGCAAAGCUGCUGGCUCCAUAUUUCCCACAGACCCAGGGGGUUGAUUCAGGUGUGCAAAAGGAAUCCCGAAAUCAAACGCCAGCUCCAUCUGCAGCUCCAGCUCCAUCUUCAUCCAAGUACCAUCGAGGACGGUCCGGGGGAGCCAGAGAUGAACGCUAUCGAUCUGACAUCCACACGGAGGCAGUACAAGCAGCAUUGGCAAAACACAAGGAGCAGAAGAUGGCGUUGCCAAUGCCAACAAAAAGGCGGUCCACAUUUGUACAGUCUCCAGCUGAUGCCUGCACUCCCCCAGACACGUCUUCUGCGUCCGAAGAUGAAGGGUCGCUCAGGCGCCAGGCUGCUCUAUCUGCUGCAUUGCAUCAGAGCUUACAGAAUGCUGAGUCGUGGAUCAACCGAUCUAUUCAGGGGUCAUCCACAUCUUCAUCAGCAUCUUCUACACUAUCCCAUGGAGAAGGCAAAGGGACCAGUGGGUCACUAGCUGAUGUUUUUGCCAAUACUCGAAUAGAAAAUUUCUCGGUCCCCCCAGAUGUUACUGCAACUACCUCCACACCUGCUUCCUCCGCACGCCCAUCUGCUAUUGAUCUUCCUCCAUCGGGAAUAGUGAAGGGCAUGCACAAAUCAUCCAACCGGUCCAGCCUUAUGGACACAGCUGAUGGUGUCCCUGUAAGUAGCAGAGUCUCCACAAAAAUUCAGCAGCUGCUCAAUACUCUGAAGAGACCCAAACGGCCACCUCUAAAGGAGUUCUUCGUGGACGAUUUUGAAGAAAUUGUGGAAGUUCCGCAGCCAGACCCAAAUCAGCCCAAGCCAGAGGGACGUCAAAUGACACCUGUAAAGGGAGAGCCUCUGGGAGUAGUUUGCAAUUGGCCGCCUGCUUUAGAAGCAGCUCUGCAGCGUUGGGGAACAACACAGGCCAAAUGCCCCUGUUUGACAGCCCUGGACGUCACUGGGAAGCCGGUCUAUACCCUGACAUAUGGAAAACUUUGGAGCAGAAGCCUGAAGCUAGCCUAUACGUUACUGAAUAAAUUGGGCACCAAAAAUGAGCCUGUACUGAAACCUGGAGAUAGAGUAGCCCUUGUUUAUCCCAACAAUGACCCUGUCAUGUUCAUGGUGGCAUUUUAUGGCUGUUUGCUGGCAGAAGUCAUCCCAGUGCCGAUAGAGGUACCUCUAACCCGAAAGGAUGCUGGUGGCCAGCAAAUUGGUUUUCUGCUGGGUAGCUGUGGCAUUGGCUUGGCCCUUACCACUGAGGUUUGCCUAAAGGGUCUCCCCAAAACACAGAAUGGAGAGAUUGUGCAGUUUAAAGGUUGGCCACGGCUCAAAUGGGUUGUAACAGAUUCGAAGUAUCUCUCCAAGUCACCAAAGGACUGGCAGCCCAACAUUUCAAACGCAGGGACUGAGCCGGCUUAUAUUGAGUACAAAACCAGCAAGGAAGGGAGCGUCAUGGGUGUAACAGUGUCCCGAAUUGCUAUGUUGUCACAUUGUCAGGCUUUGUCUCAGGCCUGCAACUACUCUGAAGGUGAAACCAUAGUGAAUGUCCUGGAUUUCAAGAAGGAUGCAGGAUUGUGGCAUAGCAUGCUAACUAGCGUCAUGAACAAACUGCAUACCAUCAGUGUACCAUAUUCAGUUAUGAAGACCUGCCCUCUUUCUUGGGUACAGAGGGUUCACACUCAUAAAGCUAAGGUAGCCUUGGUGAAGUGCCGAGAUUUGCACUGGGCCAUGAUGGCUCAUCGGGACCAAAGAGAUGUGAGCUUAAGUUCCCUGCGGAUGCUGAUUGUGACUGAUGGUGCUAAUCCCUGGUCUGUGUCCUCCUGUGAUGCUUUCCUGAGUUUAUUCCAGAGCCAUGGACUAAAACCAGAGGCCAUAUGUCCUUGUGCUACAUCUGCUGAAGCAAUGACUGUGGCAAUUCGAAGGCCUGGUGUCCCAGGGGCCCCUUUGCCUGGAAGGGCUAUCUUAUCAAUGAAUGGUCUGAGCUAUGGUGUCAUCCGUGUGAACACAGAAGAUAAGAACUCUGCUCUCACUGUGCAGGAUGUUGGACACGUGAUGCCGGGCGGAAUGAUGUGUAUCGUGAAGCCUGAGGGCCCUCAGCUGUGCAAGACAGAUGAAAUUGGUGAAAUCUGUGUUAGUUCCAGAGCUGGAGGGAUGGUGUAUUACGGGCUGACAGGAGUCACUAAAAACACAUUUGAGGUCAUCCCUGUCAAUUCAUCUGGCUCUCCUGUGGGUGAUGUACCCUUUGUGCGCUCCGGCUUGAUGGGGUUUGUUGGACCUGGUAGCCUGGUAUUUGUGGUUGGAAAAAUAGACGGGAUGCUCAUCGUUAGUGGGCGCAGACAUAAUGCUGAUGACAUUGUGGCCACUGGACUCGCUGUUGAAUCUAUCAAGACAGUUUACAGAGGAAGGAUUGCUGUGUUCUCUGUGACUGUUUUCUACGAUGAGAGGAUUGUGGUGGUAGCUGAGCAGCGACCAGAUGCUUCUGAGGAGGACAGUUUCCAGUGGAUGAGCCGAGUGCUGCAGGCGAUUGACAGCAUUCACCAAGUGGGAGUAUAUUGCCUCGCUCUUGUUCCAGCCAAUACUUUGCCAAAAACUCCUCUGGGAGGGAUCCAUAUAUCUCAGACCAAGCAACACUUCCUGGAGGGGUCACUACACCCAUGUAACAUUCUCAUGUGCCCUCACACAUGUGUAACCAAUCUGCCAAAACCCAGGCAGAAACAACCAGGUGUCGGCCCUGCCUCUGUGAUGGUGGGAAACCUGGUUGCAGGGAAGCGCAUUGCACAGGCUGCUGGGAGGGACCUUGGACAGAUAGAAGAGAAUGACCUGGUGAGAAAGCAUCAGUUCCUGUCUGAGAUACUCCAGUGGAGAGCACAAGCCACUCCUGAACACAUGCUUUUCCUCCUGCUUAAUGCUAAGGGGGCCCCAGUUUGUACAGCCACCUGCCUGCAGCUGCACAAGCGAGCUGAGCGAAUCGCAUCGAUUCUAUAUGAAAAGGGACACCUCAAUGCUGGUGACAAUGUGGUGCUGCUCUAUCCUCCUGGCAUUGAGCUCAUUGCAGCAUUUUAUGGCUGCCUGUAUGCCGGCUGCAUCCCUGUGACCGUCCGGCCUCCACAUGCUCAGAACCUCACUGCCACAUUGCCCACUGUGCGGAUGAUUGUAGAUGUCAGCAAAGCUGCCUGUAUUCUCACAAGUCAGAUCUUGAUGAGGCUACUGAGAUCCAGAGAAGCGGCAACUGCUGUUGAUGUGAAAACCUGGCCAACCAUCAUUGACACAGAUGACUUGCCCAGGAAGCGCCUACCUCAGGUUUAUAAGCCACCAACUCCAGAAAUGUUGGCAUAUCUGGAUUUUAGUGUUUCCACAACAGGGAUGCUUACAGGAGUAAAGAUGUCCCAUGCAGCAGUCAGUGCUCUCUGUAGAGCCAUAAAACUCCAGUGUGAAUUGUAUUCCACCCGGCAGAUUGCCAUCUGCCUUGAUCCCUAUUGUGGGCUCGGCUUUGCACUUUGGUGCCUUUGCAGUGUGUAUUCUGGUCACCAGUCCAUUUUAAUUCCUCCUAUGGAGUUGGAAUCCAAUCUUUUCCUCUGGCUUUCCACUGUAAGCCAGUAUAAAAUACGGGACACUUUCUGUUCCUACUCCGUCAUGGAUAUGUGUACAAAGGGCCUUGGGAAUCAGGUUGAUGUAUUAAAGGCAAGAGGCAUUCAUCUGUCAGGGGUCCGAACUUGUGUCGUAGUGGCCGAGGAGCGACCCCGGGUUGCCCUCACUCAGUCGUUCUCCAAGCUCUUCAAAGACAUUGGCCUCUCAACCCGCGCCGUCAGCACUACCUUUGGGUCAAGAGUCAAUGUCGCUAUCUGUUUACAGGGAACCUCAGGGCCUGAUCCCACCACUGUUUAUGUGGAUCUGAAAUCCUUAAGACACGACAGAGUGCGACUAGUGGAAAGAGGUGCUCCCCAGAGUCUGUUGCUCUCAGAGUCAGGCAAGAUACUGCCAGGGGUCAAAGUGAUCAUUGUAAAUCCUGAGACCAAGGGACCUGUUGGAGAUUCUCACCUUGGAGAGAUCUGGGUGAAUAGUCCUCACACUGCCAGCGGUUACUACACUAUCUACGAUAACGAAACCCUCCAAGCAGAUCAUUUCAAUACCCGCCUGAGUUUUGGGGAUGCUGCGCAAACUCUGUGGGCACGAACAGGAUAUCUUGGCUUUGUGCGCCGGACUGAACUCACAGCAGCCAGUGGAGAACGUCACGAUGCCCUGUAUGUCGUUGGGGCUCUGGAUGAGACUCUUGAACUCCGGGGCUUGCGUUAUCAUCCAAUUGACAUAGAGACUUCAGUUUCUCGGACGCACAGGAGCAUUGCUGAAUGUGCCGUAUUCACCUGGACCAACUUGCUUGUGGUGGUUGUAGAGCUCUGUGGUUGUGAGCAGGAGGCGCUGGACCUCGUCCCUCUGGUCACCAACGUGGUCCUCGAGGAGCACUAUCUGAUUGUGGGCGUGGUGGUAGUGGUCGAUCCCGGGGUCAUCCCCAUCAAUUCCCGGGGAGAGAAGCAGCGCAUGCAUCUCCGUGACAGCUUCUUGGCCGACCAGCUGGAUCCCAUCUAUGUUGCAUACAACAUGUAAUUUUUGGAAGUGCAGGUCUCUGUAUGUACUGUUUACAAACCUUGCAAGGACGAGUGGAGGCUGUAAAACAUCAAGAAGAAGCUGGCUGUCAAAUAGCAAAGGUGGACCAAGCCAUCUUAACCCCUCCCCUCCCCUCGUCUUAUUGGGCUGACAGCAGGAUGGACUGAUCUAAAGGCUGAAAGAUGGCUGCCAAUUGAAGAAGUCAUGUAUUUGCAGGAGCUUAGCUUUAUGGACAUGGAAAGUUGGCCUGCAUGAAAAAAAAAAACAACAAAUUACUAAUGCCUUUACUGUAGUGUUAACUUUUUCAUCUGUUGUAAAUAUUUGUAUUUUUUUCUAAUACUGUUUUAGGAUUCUAUGAGGGGCAGGUUUAUUUAGUUGAGAGACCACUCUGUAACUCCAACAACCGAGUAUUUCUCAUUCCCCAUAAACUGUGUGCUUUAGGACAGUAAGUUAGCUUAAUUAUGUAGUAUUCUAUUAAUAUGGGAUCACAGUGAUUACUUAAAAUUGUGCCAUGACCAAAUCCAAUAAUCCACUGAACCGAAGAAUUACUUAUUCCUAUAGAUAUUUCUUGAAAUUAAACAAAAAAGGAUUUGCCUAUAUUUUAAAUAUGUAAAUAUUAAUAUGCAUAAUUCAUUUAUUUAGAAAUUUGGCUUGAAUAAUGAUAACGUAUGAGGUAGACUGUUUUAAGGAUUUUAAUAAGGUCCUUAAAAUCAGUUGUGUGUGUGUGUGUGUAUGUGUGCUAGAUAAUUAAUGCAAGAAAUGCAACUAGGUUAUCUGUUCAGUUUUUACAUUUUUGCUCCUGGCCAGACUAUGUCAUAGCAUGUAGAGAAACCAAUGUUUUAGAGGCACAUGUUUUUAAAAAGAGGCUGAAAUCCAUACGCUUUAAGAGCAUUUUGAAAAUGACGACAAAAAUCACUACUCUGGAAUGUUUCAUAUCAUCUUUCCAGCCUCUGCUUGCUCUUGUCAUGGGAUGAUGUGUAUAUAGACGGGUUACCAGUUAACUAGAACCACUCAGUUCAUGACCCACAUCAUGAUUCUUCCUUUUCCUUCUUCGUUUGUGUGCAGUAAUAUAUGCAGAUGCCAGAGCAGUUUUUAUUUAAACUGGAAAAACGAAAGCCCUGCCUUUGAUGCCCUUGCUGCUUCUUGGCGAGGCUUUUGACUGCAGAGUGAGAGCUUUGGCAGAAUGCCUUCAAAGCAGCGACAAAGCAAUCCUGUCGGCAGAGUAGGACAAUACCUCUGCAGAUGUUGCGAUUGUCCCAUUGGAGGAUGGCUGAUGGGUUUCCAGUCUUCAAAGAACUGAUGACAAGAGAUGCCUUAAAGUGUGCUGGAACAACCUUGGUUUGUCUGGGAGGGGUUCACAGCCCCCACUUUGUCUUUGCUGAGCUGGGGAGACAAACAAGAUUUCAGUCUUUUCGUUUAUUGCAUCACCUUUUGGGGAUUGCACCCUUCAGGGUCUUCUUCCAUGUGUUCCUUUUUGUUGUUUGUCAGCAAAACAAAACACUGAAAGUGGAUGCCAGCAAUGGUAACAACUCUACUUGGGCCAAUUUGUGGUCUGUUUUGUAAAUAGCUAGUCUAUUUUAAUAUCUGUUUACCCACCCUGUAACAAAGCUAAUGUUUUUAGACAUUUUUAAAAGAGAUAUAAAUAUAAACUUGGAUUAAAUCCUCAACUGCAGCAGCUAUAUUAUGUGCAGCUCUGGCAAGAUAUCCCUUAAAACAAAUUCCAAAUGUAUACUUGAAAAAACUUUCUCUACAGACGUUCAGACUUCUUUUUUUUUAAUGGCCUGAUGUAUCAAUAUUUUAGACAGUGCUUUUCAGUAUAUUAACAAAACAUUUGCAGUUACCUUGGUCAUACAUAACGGUGAUGGGUUGUAUCAUAAAAUGAAGAAUUGUGGCAGAACUAGAACAGGCUGGAGAGAGUCCCAUCGCUUCAAACUGCUGAAAUAUUAACCGCUAGUUCUUCACAGAGAUGGUCUGAAUAGUUUGCAUUAUCAGUAUUUCCACAGUGUGGUGCUGCUACAUAAACAGAAAAAAGCCCUUCAUGCUGAUGCAGUCUUACUUUGUAGUAGUUUGGGAAACACACACAGACACACACAUAAGUAACACACAACUCAACACACAUAGAGGCGAAGCAGUUGCUGGCUUACAGCAUGCGUAGUAUAUAGAUGGGCUUUGGCAUAUAAAUGCCCUCUGUGCUCCAGCCCUUAUUUAUUUAACUCCAAUCUUGACUUAGUAGGAGGUCUUUCUCUCUUUCCUUCUGUCUUUGAAAACAAACCACUUUCUUAUUGUCCUUCCACUGAACACAACAAUAGCAUGUUCCUCUGCCAACAGCUGUGGUGGUAUUAUCUACACCUAUGUGAUAUCUUCCCCACUCCACUUCUCCUUAACACAAUGACUUCUCCACAGAUGUAGUAUGAUAGAAACAUUGUGUGCAGUACAGUUUGGAAUACUGAUCUUAUAUACUGUAAAUGGGGAGAAAUCAAUAUUUCAAAUCUGCAUAUAGCCCUCUCCCUUGAUCUGAUUAUGGACCCCCUUAAUUUAAUGUGUGAUUUUGAUGCAGAGCAUUCUCUUUCCCAGAGUCUCAUAAUUACUAUUCCAGGGAUUUCAGUUCUACUUGGGGUUUUAUUUGGUGGGGGGGGGGGGGGCGGGGGAGGAUUUAGUCUGGAGACCUCUUCAGUGCUGCACAAUUGUUUGCCUUCAGGUCACUUAUACAAAAUGGCUGAGAUUCCAAAGGAAUGACUGUGGGAUCGGUGUCAUCUUUGCCUGGGCUCUGACACUGAUUUGCUCUGUGUGGCUUUAGGUAUGUUGUUCCAUGUUAUACAUCACCACAUGCGACAUUGUGGCUUAUAAAUGGAAUUCUGUUAGGAGCAAUUCCCUGUAGCGUUUUCCAAGUUCACUCUCUGGAGCUAACAGUUUUCUUUUGCACAGUUAGCGGCGCUGCCGGUGGUUUUGAGUGAAUUAAAAGAGCCAGCAACAGUGGUGCCAAGGACAUUGUUUUUGUUUGCGAUCUUAGUGAUGUCGAACUCUCAAAAAUAAUGUGCCUCCUCUGUAUGGGAAGGCUUCUUUGUUCUGCUCCAGUGAGUGGACCUGCUGAACAUAAUUUUUCUUUCUCCUACAAUUCCCAUGUCAUCUUUCACACUUUUCCAGAGGGGUCCCCAACCCUUUGGAACAAUUUACAAGGCUGCAAAGAAAAGGGGAAUUGACAAAAAUGACCACUACUUCUCUUGUAGAGGACUUUGGGACCUAUGGCCAUCCAGAUGUUUCCAGGUUGCAACUCCCAUUUAGUGACCAGAGAUGGUGAGGAGUUCGGCAACAUCUGGUCAAGGACAUACAUUCCCCAGCCUUGUAGGAGCUUGCAUGGGUUGUGUGGAUCUGUGUCAGGCAUGGGCAAAUUUUGGCCCUCCAGGUGUUUUGGACUUCAACUUCCAGAAAUCCCAGCCAGCUUACCAGCAGUUAGGAAUUGUGAGAGUUGAAGUUCAAAACUCCUGGAGGGCCAAAGUUUACUCAUGCCUGAUAUAUGCAGUAUCCACUGUUAUGAAGCAACAUAGAAAAGCUGUUAAGCUGAGAAUUAGUUUACCGCCAUAAAGGCACAACCUUACAGUGAAAUCACCUGUCAUGUCUUACUUUCAAAGAGUUGCUCCUCUUGUAAAGUAUGUUAAUGUAACUAUUUCUGCAAUCCUGUUCAUUUACACUGAUUUUUUCCUCAUUUUGGUUAACUGUAGUCACGAAUGAUGGGCCAUGCUCAAUUGUGCUGGAGAUAGCAUCGUAAAAAAACUCAAUAAUCAUUGUCUUCAACCCUGAAGUCAUUUUUCCCUUUUUUUGUUAAUGUCAAUACGUUUACCAUUGUCAGAUUCAAAUUACAACGAUGUAAUUAUGUAUAAAGGUUUUUUAUUUAUUUCAAAUUAGGUUUUAGAUAUACUUUUUAAAAAAUUUAACAUCUGGCUGGACAGUGUUCCAUUAACGCAUUGAUUGUGUCUCCUUUGUCUUGUGUUUAAUAAAUAAUGAUGCCUGACCGUU